AUGGCGGAGUUGGACAUUGGGCGGCACUGUCAGGUGGAGCACUGCCGGCAACGAGAGUGAGAUGUGAUGACUUCUGUUUAACCACUACUUGGGACACCGGGAUGUUGGUCAAAAAGGGAAGUUUUUCUGAAGCGGUAGUUUUGUACUUUACAAUUCUUUUUGCUUAAAACAAGAAAAUCAGAUACUGACCAGUACAUGUAAUGUUUUCCCUUAAUUUUAGAUUUUCUUCCGUUUGUAUGUAAUGGUUGCUCAGGAAUAUUUUGCCUUGAACACAGAAGCAGGGAGUCACAUGGCUGUUCUGAGGUGAAUAUAAUCAAUGAGAGAAUGAAGACAGACAAACAUACAUCUUACCCAUGCUCAUUCAAGGACUGUACCGAAAAAGAGCUUGUGCCAGUUAUAUGUCCUUAUUGUGAGAAGAAUUUUUGCCUGAGACACCGUCAUCAAUCAGAUCAUGAAUGUGGAAAACUGGAAAUCUCUAAGCCUCGUAUGGCUGCCACACAGAGACUUGGUAAAGACGUUAUUGGCUCCAAGACAGGAGAGACAGUGAGUAAACGACGAAAAGGCGCAAAAAAUACAGAAACAGCUGCAAAGGUGGCGUUGAUGAAGUUGAAGAUGCAUGCUGAUGGGGAUAAGUCAUUGCCACAGACAGAAAGAAUUUACUUUCAGGUGUUCUUGCCUAAGGGGAGCAAGGAGAAGAGCAAACCAAUGUUUUUUUGCCACCGAUGGAGCAUUGGAAAAGUCAUAGACUUUGCCGCUUCUUUAGCCAGCCUUAAAAAUGACAAUAACAAAUCAACAGCUAAGAAAUUAAGGUUAUGUCACAUUACUUCGGGACAAGCCUUACCCUUGGAUAAUAUUUUGGGAACAUGGAUGGCUAAGGAAGAUUGUCCAUUACACAAUGGUGGAAAUAUUAUCUUGGAAUAUCUGAACGAUGAAGAACUGUUUUUAAAAAAUGUUGAUUCUUACUUGGAAUAGUCAUUCAAGGAUUCAAGCCAGAAAUCACAAGGAAAAUUCUAUGCACAUGUUUAAGUCAGAUUUUUAAAUACAAAUCCUAUAUAUUUUAUUUUAUCUUUAAGUUUGCUUUUUAAUUUGUCAUAAUUUACAUUAUCAUUUUUUUAAAAUUAAAUUUAGCUUGAGUUUUUGUGUUUUAAAGUUUAACUAUGAACUAUGUCUUAGUCAUCUAGUGCUGC